AUGGAUCCUGGAGCUCUGCUCAUGCUUAGGAGUGCUCGAGGCCUUAGAUCUUUCCUAUAUGUAGACGUUGAUCCUUGUGAUCUAAAAGGUUUCGAGGUCUUGGAAAUCUAUCACCCGUCCAUGUCUGAUGGCUUUGUGAACUCGGUAAUGGUCGCACGCAAACUCACUGAUCGAUUAAUUAAGUACGAGUGGUCAAGAUUGGAGCCAUACUUGUGGAACAAGGCAGAUGAUGAUUUCCCUAAUGAGGCUCUCUGA